GUCAGUCAUGGGCCCUUAGCUCAGAUUAUUAAGGUCAGGAGUCGAUCAGACGAGAGGGGCGAUUCGUGAUCAUUCAAAGACUGUCAACCAGCAGCUCAAGCUAUACAUAAUAUCUCCUUCCUUCUUUCUUUCAUCCAAUGUCUCCGUCGACGACUAUUAUGCCCAUCAUGGGUUCUUUCAUCCAGUCACUUAGCGCCACAACCCUGUGUCUAUCACUUCUCCUCACAGGUUCAAAUGCUAAUUUGAUCGAACGCCAAGCUUUCAGUCCUCCUUCUACCUUACCGGGUGGUUGGUCGUACAAAGGAUGUUACACGGACGCAGUUGGACAAAGAUCCCUAAGAGCUUCAACAUUUGCAAGUAGUAGCCAGAGUGCCGACGAGUGUAUCGACUACUGUGCCACCUCAGGGUACAGUUUAGCCGGUACCGAGUACAGCAACGAGUGUUACUGCGCCAAUUCGAUCAGUGGUCCUGGUGGCCCUGCUCCAAAUGACGAAGGCUGCAACAUGGCAUGCUCAGGUGUGCCAGGUGAGGCAUGUGGUGGACCUGAUCGCUUGUCUUUGUAUGAACGCACAGUCACGGCUCCAGCUCAGUCCAGCGCGAUUAGCAUUGAUGAUGGCGCUGAAUGGGUGUGGGCUUCCCGCGGUUGUUACUCUGACCUCACCUAUGCACGUAUCCUGUCGACGGGAGUAAGCGUGCAGGGCGGUGGCCAAAACAACAGCGCCCAAAGCUGUACAAGUGAAUGCCAGCGACAGAAUUUCCGACAUGCUGGUACCGAGUACGCCGCAGAAUGCUUCUGUGGCAACACGCUCAACAACGGCCAUGUUCCCCAGGAUGAAGGCUGCACAAUGAGAUGUACGGGGAACAGCAGGCAAUUUUGCGGUGGCCCUGACCGGAUCAACAUCUAUGAAUUUGUUCAGAGACCAAAGAUAACUUCGAACUCAAGCUCCACGCCAAUCCGGUCGUCAACACCGACACCAACGCCGACACCGGGAUAUUCGUCAACUAUUGCUUCAUUUUCAUCGGUACCUGACGCUCAAAGCUCUCCAGCAAGCUCUACUACUGGGUCCCAGAGUACAAUGACGAGCUCUCCGACGAGCUCAGCUUCUUCAAACACUCAUAUUACGUCUUCUAAUUCAAAGUCUUCUGACCACGCUGAUGCAACUUCGACUACCAAUGCCUUCAGCACUUCUUUAUCUUCGCACAUAGAUGCUCCGACAUCUUCAACCAUCGAGUCCUACUCAGCUUCGACCAUUGAAUCGCAUUCAAGCUCUUCUGCUCCUUUAACGGCUUCUUCAUCACCGUCUUCGUAUCUGCACAGCAACAGCGCCAGCAACUACAGUUCAACCGCACCCUACAAUGCGAGCUCGAAGUAUACAGCAAACCUGAAUUCUACAACCCCGGAAGUUCACAUCACUUCAACCACGAUACUGUCCACUGCCACUGCAUCUGUAGCCCUCUCGUCAACAAUCUCGGAACAUGUCACUGCCACGACAACAGCACCCCUCCCACAAAACUCAACUCAGUUGCACACUUCAGAUACCCCCAUUACUACCAUUACCUCUGCGUCUCUUUCGUCGAUUAUCCUUAACGCUACCACGACUUCGCCUUUUGCACAAAACCCGACGUCCACUGCGUUUAAUGAGUCUACUACGGCAUCCCCAACCGACUCUUCGACACUACUUAUUUCGCUCAACGCUGCCAGCACCGCCUCUAUCACACAGAACUACACUUCCAGCGUCACACCGACUCCAACGCCAGAACUAAAGGUAGGUUGGUUCUAUGAGGGAUGCUAUGUUGAUGGACCAGGUCCACGCACACUCCCCAAUGGUGCUGGUGUACAAGGUGGUAUGACGAAUCAGAAGUGCUGCGACGCCUGUCAAACAGGAGGUUAUAUCUUUGCCGGUACGGAGUACGCUGGUGAAUGUUUCUGCGGCAACACACUGCAGGGUGUCGGAGCCCCUGCACCGAAUGGUGAGGCCCAGUGUGACAUGGCAUGUAAUGGUAACUCAACUGAGAUGUGUGGCGGCCCCAACCGUCUAUCUCUCUUCCGCUACUAUAAAGGUGACGAGCCACCGGUCUCGUCGACUACCAUAGUCUCGUCUUCUUCGACUGCUGCGCCUAUUCCCACCGGUCUGCCAGAGGAUUUCGAAUACAAAGGAUGCUACGUCGACGGUCCGGGUUACCGUGUAAUGCAGAACCAACAGCCUGAUGUUCAGCAGAUGACCAUUGCUUCCUGCGCUGGCCGUUGCUCUAGCCUUGGUUACACUGUCGCUGGAAUGGAGUAUCACACACAGUGCUUCUGCGAUAACGCAUUGCGCAUGAGUGCACCUCUCGCUGACAAUGAUAACCAAUGCAACACACCAUGUGGCGGAAACUCGGCCCAGAUGUGUGGUGGCGGUGAUCGCUUGACUGUCUACUCCAGCCAGAAGGUACUCAAGAUCUUCAAAAAGCCAGUCCCAACCCCAAAAGUCGGCAACUGGACAUACCAAGGCUGCGCCACAAGCAAUGGGGGCCAAUGGGACAAGCCUCUGCCGUGGAAGCUAUUCAACGAGACGGGUAAUAACCCAGAGUGGUGCCUCAGCACGUGCCAGAAGUACGGUUAUAUGGCCGCUGGUAUGGAGUAUGGAGUGGAGUGCUACUGCGGCGAUGUUGAUCACAUGGUCGCCAAGGGAUCUGUGCCAGCUCCCGAGUCAGAGUGCAAUACCCCAUGCCCAGGCGACGAGGAAUCAAUCUGUGGCCAGGGUAACCGCCUCACUUGGUAUAAGUACACCGAAGGAGAUCCACUGUAUGUAUUCCGCUACCCACAAGGUAACGAGGCCGGACGAUACGAAUUCCUUGUGGGAGGGCCCGUGAUUCCCCUCAUCUCUAUCCCUCUCAUCAAUGGCAAGGUUACUUUUCUGGAGAAGAAUGGAACCAACCUCAAUGGCACUGGCUCUUACGAACUCGACCCCUCCAUUGAUGGCGGUCACGACAUCUACCAUUCCAUUCGCGAAGUAUACGGCUUGAAGACGGAUGUUUUCUGUUCUGCUAGUGUAACGAUGCCUGAUCGCGCAGGACGCGUUAUCAACAUCGGUGGCUGGUCUGGAGACUCUUUGUUCGGUGUCCGCAUGUACACACCAAAUGGCCAGUUGGGCACCAACAGUACCAGUGAGUGGCAAGAGAACUUCCAGCAGCUCAGCCUACAAACCACGCGCUGGUAUCCAACAGCCCUGGUCAUGCCCAACGGAUCGAUGCUCAUCGUUGGAGGCGAGAACGGUUCCAAUGGUCCUCCGGUCCCGAACAUGGAGAUCCUCCCUCGUGUUGGCCCACUUAAGCAUGCCCAGUUCUUGCUUGAUACAGACCCGAACAAUCUGUAUCCCUUCUUGGCAAUUCUACCAUCUGGAGGCAUAUUCGUUCAGUAUUAUAACGAAGGCCGCAUUCUUGAUGAGCGAUCUCUUGAUACGGUCAAGAUCUUGCCAAAGGCUCCAACAGCUGUAAACGAUGAUAAUGGCGGUCGUACCUAUCCUCUGGAAGGCAGCAUGGUCCUUUUACCACAGAAAUUCCCAUAUACAGAGAAUCUCGAAGUACUUGUUUGUGGAGGUAGCGGAGCAGGCUGGGGUCUCGACAACUGUAUCACGACCAAGCCUGACGAUGUCAGCCCUGAAUGGACCAUCGAGCGCAUGCCGUCUCGACGUGUCCUGACGUGCAUGACCACUCUGCCUGAUGGUACUUUCAUGAUCAUGAACGGCGCAGAAGAGGGCGUCGCGGGCUUUGGUCUCGCAGAUGUGUCGAACUUAAAUGCGGUCCUCUACGACUCCAGGAAACCGAAGCACCAGCGCAUGAGCAUUCUGGGUAACACCACCAUCCCGCGCAUGUACCACUCCGAGGCUGUUCUGAUGGACGAUGGUCGUGUUCUCGUCUCUGGCUCCGAUCCUGAGGAUGACAAGCACCCACAGGAGUACCGUCUGGAGGUUUAUCUUCCUCCCUAUCUGACUUCUGGCAAGGCUCGCCCUGCGUUCACCAUCGAGCACAACGACUGGAUCAACGGCGCAGAAUACCAAUUCACUGUGACUGCAGGAAGCCCGAACAUCAGUGUCUCUUUACUCGGUUCGGAAGCCAGCACCCACGGAAACACGAUGGGAGCGCGUAUUCUCGAGCCCCAUGUCCGAUGCGAUUCGUGGCCUGUAUGCACGGUCGGCGCGCCUCCAGGCCCGUACGUCGCGCCACCUGGCUGGUACCGCAUGUUUGUUCUCGAUGAGAGCAUUCCUUCAGUCGCAUCGUGGGUCCGUAUUGGUGGCGACCCAGCUAGCCUGGGCGACUGGCCGAACACUCCGGACUUCCUACCCCUGCCUGGUGUUGGGCCUGUGAAGGACACGAGUGCUUCGAAAACGUUCCGCGCUUGAUUCAAGCAAGACAAAUUAACUGACACUUUUUCAUAUCUUUUAAGUUAAUCGUAAUCUCAAGAAGCGAGCUUGAGCACGAGCUCGGAUGGUUCUGGGCUUAUUAUCGUUUUCAAAAUGUUGCACCCCCCACGUGAUUGCGGGGAAUUCCCGCGCACGGACGUUCGACGCAGGCAAGAAGAGAGAUAUCCGGAACAGGUGUGAAUCCGCUACGAGGCAUGUAGGAGUGCUAGGAUGAUAAGAACACUAGGAUAUAUUCUCUAUACCUAUAGGUAGGCUGGCGGAUGGGUAUGCUCUAAAGUCCUGUUUGGGUACCCCCCCUAAUUUAGCUAUUACUAGGCCAAUAUAGGCGAAUAAGGGCCCGUUCCAAAUAGAAUUACAGGUAGUUUAUGUGGUUUCUCCUUAACGUGCUUCACAAGCGAGCGGCGCACCCAAGCGAGCGGCGCACUUUCUCGAGCGCAGCGCACGCACCGCGACGUAGUGCAACACCAU